CAGGUAUCUUGUUCAGAUAAUCACAUUCAUCUGCUAAAAAUGCCUACAAUGGAUAUCUCAAAAUCCAUAUCGGGAAUCAAGCCUCCUUUUUCGUUUCCUCUCAAACAUGAAGGAUCCUGCACACAAGUUGCAUUUGAGCAGACAACUGGAUUAGUUGCUGUUUCCACUGAAGAUUAUUGUGUACAAUUCUAUAGCUUGUUUGACAACCAUGAGGUUUCAGAGGUCCAAGUGUGCAAAAGAAAUUUUCAGCCUGCAGAUGACGUUAUGCUAUAUGUGGCUCUUGUAGCCAUUUCUCUUGAUGGCUCCUUAAUGGCUACCAUUGAUGUGACAAUUCCUGAAGAAAAAUUAGGGGGUUUGGUUUGUCUAAAAUACUGGACUCGUGGUUCCCUAGUGGCAGAGUACUUAUUAUCCACUGUCAUAUAUGAGCCUCACAGUGAUGCUCAAGUUUCAUCUCUUGCAUUUCUCCCUGGACACAACAUGGCUGUCACAUCAUCUUAUGGUGGUGAUUUUAAGGUUUGGGUUCAUGGUUCUCAUGCCGACAGAAAUAAUGAAUCAAUCCAGAGAACUGGUUGGAGAUGCCAAUCUGUUGGUUCAUACAAGUAUUAA